UGAAACCUAAAAAGGAGCAGAGAGCUGUGAGGGUAGGGUCACAGAAGGGUAUAUAGACCACCGCCCGUGUUACGCCUCCAGCUUUUACCCUCUGUGGAUGCUACUGUGUUAUUCUGCGUAUAGACCACCAGACCAAAGCAACCAUGACUUUCUACAGACACUCAGGCCCGAGGCACUACGUGAGCGCCACCAUGACAGACCGCUUUGACUGCUACUAUUGCAGAGACAACCUGCACGGAAAGAAGUAUGUGAAGAAGGAGGACAAGCACGUGUGCACCAAGUGUUUUGACAAGCUCUGUGCCAACACCUGCGCUGAGUGCAAACGUGCCAUCGGAGCUGACGCCAAGGAGUUGCACCAUAAAAACCGCCACUGGCACGAGGAUUGCUUCCGCUGUGCCAAGUGCUACAAGCCCCUGGCCAAUGAGCCCUUCUGCGCCCGAGACGAUGGCAAGAUCAUGUGUGGCAAGUGCAGCUCACGGGAGGAUGGCAACCGCUGCCAGGGCUGCUACAAGGUGGUCAUGCCAGGAUCCCAGAAUGUGGAGUACAAGAACAAAGUGUGGCAUGAGGAGUGUUUCACUUGUUUUGAAUGUAAGCAGCCAAUCCGCACGCAGAGCUUCUUGGCUAAAGGAGAUGAUAUCUACUGUGCUCCAUGCCAUGACAAGAAGUUUGCCAAGAAGUGCUACCACUGCAAGCAGCCCAUCACCUCUGGAGGCAUCAGCUAUCAGGACCAGCCCUGGCAUUCAGAGUGUUUCAAGUGCAGCACCUGCAGUAAGCCCCUGGCAGGGACUCGCUUCACCUCUCAUGACAACCAUGUUUACUGUGUCGACUGCUACAAGACAGAUGUGGCCAAGAAAUGCCAUGGUUGCAAGAACCCAAUAACAGGUUUCGGCCAUGGCACAAACGUGGUCAACUAUGAGGGCUACGCCUGGCAUGAGCACUGCUUCAACUGCAAGAAGUGCUGCCUUUCUCUGGCCAAUAAGCGCUUUGUCAUCAACGGCGACCACAUCUACUGUCCCGACUGUGCAAAGAAACUGUAAAUCUGACCAUAGCCCUGAUCAUGCAGAUGGCAAUGGUAGUCUUGCUUUAUUAAAUGUAGACUGGCAUAUUUAGACAGAACUCAGUAGCUUGAAGCAUAUGUAUACAUUAUGUAAAUAGAAUAUUUUGCAGUGUAUUAAUUUUGUCUAUCCAGAUUGCAAAUGAAACCAAAGCUAGAGAGCAGAUGCUAUGCUACAGCAAUUUAAGCAUGCCAGCUAUAAAGAAUCACUGCCUCUGAAUGUUACCAUGCCGUAAAGGAUUAAAUCAAAUGUUCAGAUGUUUCUCUCCAAAAAUAAAGAAAUGGCAAAGUA